UCUCUCUCUACUUUGAGUUCUUCUUUUCUCUCUCCUAUCUCUCUAUCUCUUCUUUCUCUAUCUCUCUCUCUCUUCAGGAGACCCCGCGGUAUAACUCGGUUUGGGGCUCCCUUUAAAUGCUUUAGGACCGUUUGGGUCUCCCUCUUAAAGCGUGCUCUCCCUCUUUCUCUUUCUCUCUCUAACCCGUCUUCUGGUUUCUGCUCUGUCAUGGCGCGCGGAUCUCGAGGCAUCUCUUUGCUCUAGCUCCUUUUAUAGCAACUAUUUUUUAUCAAUUCAUAAUGGCGCCUCCUCCUUCUUCUCCUUCAUCUUAUAUACAUGGAACCUACAGUUUCUAAGACUUGCUUCUCAGUGCCAUUGCUCCCCAGUCGAAGAGAUUAUAGGUUACUGAAAGUGGAUUCCUUGGAGCCUGAUCAAGUAGUUACUCAGAGUACAGGAGUUUCUUUUCUCAUGGGUAAUCCCACCGGGAAUGGAAUUGAGGCCAUGCAUGGUAAUAUUCCUAAGCCCCCCUUGCCUUUCCUCCAAAAGUCAAGCUCUUCUGCUGCCUUAGUUCAAACUCUCGAAUCAAAGGCAUCCGUACCAUGUCUUUCUCUAGCAACAACCCCCCAUGAGUUAAGAAACAUCUCAAAAGCGGUGGAAAAUGUUCCUUGUCACUCUUGGAUUAAGCCUGAAAAAUCGAUUCUACAGCAACAUCAUGUUAUACCCAGUUCGAGAUCUCGAGCAUUGAAUCCGAAGGAUGACAAUCACAACAUAAUAGACUCCCAUGUUGAACAUCGCCGUCAACCAAUGCUUGUCUUUGAAGAAAAGAACCUGAAGGAGAACUCAGAAAACAUAGGGUUUCCUCUGAAAAAUACAGGGGGAGAGUGUCCUAAGUUGGACAAGAAGAGGAAGCAAGAUGCAAGCCCCCUCAUAACAAGUCGGCCACACUUCUCUCCUUAUCAGCCAUCUCUUGGGGCAGUCUCCUCUGGCUCACUUGACAAAGUUGCUGAUUCUCGCAAUUCAGAUUGGGGUAAGUUCUUGGCUCUGUCCUCUAACAAUAGUGAGGUCUCAAAUCCCAAGAAAGAAGAUCUUCCACCCCAGCAGAGCCGUUUUGACCGCUUGCAAUCGUUGUUGAAGAAGUUAGAUGAGCCUGAUAUCGAGUUAGAUAGAAUGCUUUGGUCCUUACCACCUGCUGCUCGGAGCUGGCGGGCUGUGGAGCUUGAAGCUAAGGCAAUAUGUUUGGCCUUAGAAGAAGCCAAAGAGUUGAAGAGGAUGAGAGUCUUGGGUGUGCUUACAAAGAGUUCGCCGAAGGGAGAUGGUGUACCACAAAAUGAAUGGUUCCAGGAGGACGUCAAGGCUUGCUGAUCAAUGAAAAUUUUUGAGGAAUAUGUGAGGUCUGACUGCAAGAUGACAGCAAUCUGACUUUGCGGAUGACUGAUCGAUGAAAUUAAUAAUGGCAAUGCAAUAUCCAACCAUGAUUGCAGUGGUGGGUAUUGGUUUUAAUAACUUUGGCCUACAUAUACUUUACUUCAAAUCAAUGUUUCAAGCACUGGUGUAAAGGUGUUGAUUGGCUGGGAGCGCAGUAUCUGCCGAUUUAUCAGGGUUUUGAAAUGGAUAAUUAUAAACCAAUAGAAAAUUAUACUUAUUUUAAAAUCUAA